UGAUCCCUGUCAAAUAGUCCCAGAGUGCUUUAAAACAGCGCCUCGCCUGCACAAGUUGAGAGACACAAGAGGAGAGAGCUGGAAACAACACCUGGAGCGUUAGCGAGCUGCAACUACAGACUGCACCAUGCGGUUCAACGUGAUGAUCCUCCUGCUGGGCACGUCCUGCAUCUGUCUCGCACUGGCACAAGUGUCCUAUGACGACUGCUGUCUGAAGUAUGCGAAAAAAAUGAGCGGCAACGCCCAAAAGCACGCGGUGAAGUACAGGCGACAGGAGCCCGAUGGAGGCUGCAACAUCCCUGCUGUAGUCUUCACCAUGAGGAAGGGGCGCGUGCUGUGCGCAGACCCCAGAGAGAAAUGGGUCGCAGCACUGAUGACGGCGAUCGACAAAAAGGAGGCCAAAGACUAUGGCAACAAACACCAACGGAGGCACCUCCGACCGCGGUUCCACCGAGGCUGAGGAUGACAGCCUGCUGCCUCCCUCCACGCCCUCCGGCAAAUCCCGUCAUUAAGCAAUAAGCAGUUUAUGGUGUUUGACAGCCGCUGACAGGAAGGCAGUCGAGGAGGUCGGCCAAAAACCUUGUAGCAUUACUUUUGCUUUCACUAUGCACAAAGAUAGGGGUCAAAGGCUGGUGCAGAAUCACAAUAGCACUUUGUUGUUCUGGGGUUGGACUGCUGAUCGAGUGGUCACCACACUUUACAUAUGUAGAUAUAUAUCUAUAUCUAUCUUUAGAUAUAGAUAUAGAUAUAUAAACAUUCAACAGCUGCUUCGUUGAAAACAUAUUUGAGAGCGUUUUCUUGCCCAAGACAUUGGAUAUUCAAAUAGCAGUCUAAUCAAACUAAUGGUGAUGGAGUGUAAAUACAACUAAUAAUAAUUCAAACAGUUCUUGCAUGAUUUACCCAUAUGUCCAUCAAAUUGUGUAUAUGCAAAGCAUAAUUGUUAAAUGUAAAUUAGAUUCUGCAAUGUGUGUCAUAAGAAAGGAGAAGCUCAUGUCUUAUUUUCUACAUUAUUUUCUUGGUUGUUGUGUUCAACCAAAAGCAUUAUUACAAUAAACAUGUUUAAAAUUU